AUGAACUCAAAUACGGAUUGCUCUCAGUGCGCUGUGCUCGGUGCCGGCUUUGCUGGCUUGUCCGUGGCGUGGCAUUUGCUAUUCCACAGCCCCAAAGAAUUGAAAGUAAAAGUUGACAUUUUUGAUGAUGUUGGCAUUGCUGGCGGCGCUUCUGGUGUUGCUGGAGGCCUCGUUCACCCCUAUUCCCCUAAAGUGAAGCUUCUAUGGAGGGGUGAAGAAUGCUGGACUGAGUUUUUGAAUCUUCUAAAUGUUGAAGAAGCUGCUGCCACGGCAGCUUCUAGUCCUCACUUUCCACUCAACACUACUGAUUUCAUUGUUCGAAGAACGGGCAUAUUGAGACCAGCUGUUAGUGAAAAGAUUUUGGAUGUCAUGCAUCAAAAUGCUCAAAAUUGUCUAGCAAGUUGUCCAAUACAGGCCGUUGAUGAAGUUGCUGCAAGAGAGCUUAUACCAAAUUUAUCUACGCCUUUGAACAGAGCCUUCUUUAUGCCUAAAGCUGUGAAUGUUAAUCCCCACCACUAUCUUAAGGCACUUUUUCUUGCAAGUGAACAUUUGGCCAAGAGGUUGUCAUCAACAGGUUUCCCUGGCAAGGAAAUAGCUUUGCACAAGAAAGUUGUCACUUGACUAAGUGAAGUGGGAGGUUAUUUCUCAUUCUGUCUUUAAACGAGCGAUAGAGUGUGCC